UCGCGGAGCUUGUGAUGUCGUCGGGGCUGGUGUGCAACGACGGCGUGAGCUGGGUGACGUUCCACAGCGCCUACGAUUUCGGGUACUUGGUUAAGAUCUUGACCCGGCGCGAUUUGCCGACCCGGUUGGAGGAGUUUCUGGAAGCCGUGAGGAUAUUCUUUGGGGAGAACGUUUACGAUGUGAAGCACAUGAUGAGGUUCUGCGACACGCUCUAUGGCGGCUUGGACCGCGUUGCACGGACGCUUAACGUGGACCGCGCCGUGGGGAAGUGCCACCAGGCCGGGUCAGACAGCUUGCUGACGUGGCACGCCUUUCAGAAGAUUGUUGACACUUAUUUUGUUAAGGAUGAGCACCAGAAACAUGCUGGUGUGUUGUAUGGAUUAGAGGUUUUCUGUUAAUUAUAAAAUCAUUAUAAAGCUUUAAAAUAAUGAUAAUUCAUUUCAUUCGUUGGUUAAUCUUGUUUUGUUCUAUUCUCAAUUUCUCAUCACAAAAUUUGGUAGGAUAUUGCGCUCAUCAACUUUGAUCAUGGAUGCCUUAUUGUUGUUGGACCUCUAAA